AGUGUAAGUUCAUCUGCACGUUCAUGUCGCUCAGUCAAUUCGAAGGGCUGCCAGUCGAGUUACUAUACGAAAUCCAGCUUUACGCCCUUUCGGAACAUCUGCCACACACUUCCAAGAGGCUUUACGCUGUCUUCAAAUCUGCACCUACCUUUCUCACCGCUCAUUACAUCUACCAUCGUAUUCCCAAAGGUUCAAAAACCAGUACAGACAUCCUCAAUUCCAUCCUCCGAUACCCGAUCUGCACAGCCCAGACCUUGCAGUUUAUCCGAACCAACCUUUUCCUCGACGACCUCACCUCUAAUCCGGAACUCCCAAAACGCCUGUUUCGCCCUCUAACUACCAAAAAGCCGCCUGCGAAAUGGAGAGACACGGAUCACCCGUUACCAUUCCUUGAAUUUCUCUAUGAUUCUGAUAAAUUGAAGAUCCCAGCACCGAAUCCAAACUCUCAUCACGGAUACGCGUUAACGAAGGCUGUUCAUGUUGGGUUUGGGGAGCUUGUGAAGUUUUUGCUUGAGAGGGGUGCGACGCCGAAGAUGGAGGAUAGGAAGAAGGAUGGGUUGACGGUUAUGAUUGCGAUUCGGCAGAAGGAUUUGAGGAUGGUGAAGAUGCUUAUUGAGCGUCGUGAUGAGGAAUUUCGAGGGACGAGGAAAAGAGGUGUUAAUACAGGAAAUAAGAGAAGGAAGAUGGAGGACAGGAUCAGUGUGACGGCUGAGAUGCUGCAGAUGGCUGUCAAGUGCAAAGCGCACGAUAUUGCUGAGUAUUUUAUGAAGGAAAAGGGGUGUGUUCCGGAUAUGAAGACACUUUAUAUGUUGAGUUAGAGGAAGAGCGAGGGUUUGCUAUUAUACGGCUCCACCAAGAUGCUAGUUUUGGUCUUUGAACGAUUUCCCUUCCAACAUGCGACUAUCUGGGGUGCAUCCGAUCUCAUUCUUUCUCAUCGAGGGAUAUGAUAAUCAUUGGGUACAGAGGCUUGGACGUGCUUGGAACCAGGAGAAAAUAUCAUAUCAUUCCUCUUUCUACUACUAACCAAAACAAUCUCAUCCCGCCUCAUG